UCUCAUUUUCGAGUGUCUUGUUGAGCAUUACUGAGUCAAAGAGCCUCAUUCUCACCGUGACCAAUGCGCUGUUUGGCAUCUAGAGCCGGUCCACGACAUCAACAUCUUUACAUACUUAUUCUUUUCGUCGAAGAGGAUGACUCUACAUGUGGUUCACUUAAGUCGAGUAACUGACAGCGAUGUUUUGACACACACAGAUCUGGGUUGGCCAUGAAAAUGAGGUGUCGGCUCUUUGCAAGACGCUCUAGUCCCGUGCAAGAUCCGGAUCAUGACCUUUGCAAGCCCCGCGCUCAAUGAACAGUGAUUCACAGGUCCAAGUUUCAACGACUAAGCAGAUGCCUUCAAAAAAGCGGGAAAACAUUCGACCAGUCGCAGAUUUUGUGUUGUUUCAAGCCUCGAGGUUUUAUUUUCGCGAUCAGGAACACAAUCAUCACCACAAACACGCGCUCAGAACCUCAGAACCAAGCGUCUCAAAAUCGACAGCUAGCAAGCACAAAACAACCCAUUCUCGAAUAAUCCGAAGUCAAAUCACGAAGAUGAAUAUCCGAGGUGUCUUUCUCUCGAUCCUGGUCGUCACUGCGAUUGCGCAGCACGCCAAUUUUGGAUACGAGCGGCUUGGAGAGCGUCGCGAUGUUCUCCCUCCCAUCCCCGGAAUGGGUAUCAUUCAAACAUUUCUUUACGACACGAUGAACAUCAUUCACGAAAUGGGUCACUGGCUAGCGGCCAACACCACUACCUUGGAGUGAAUGGGGCCUGAAUAGGCUGGAGAUGGCGAGGGUCGAAGGACAGAUGGAGAGCAAGUAGGAAGCGUAAGGCAGAUCCUUACUUAAACAAGAGUAUAAGACUCGUUCCAACGGAAUGGCAUCGUGGCUCACAAGCUGCGCGCUGCCCGCCAACCCAUCCCCGUGAAUAUCGCUCUGCGAUCCAGCACGUGGAUAACUGAGUGAUGUACAAAGUAGACAUUUAUUUAUAGCUCUAGCAACAGCUUGUACUGUAUACCCUUGUAUCCAAAACUCCAAUUUCACCGUUGCCAGCACGAGAACGAGACUAUCCCAGUAUCGAGAUCGAUUGUCACUGGUCUAAGCCUCAACUUCCUCCUCAACCUCAGCCCCCUCAACAUUCUCAGCAUUCUCGACCGCGCGAG